GCGCCUACGUGUCCCGCGCCUGUCACUCCACGUCUGCGAGCGCCUGCGCAUUGCCCCGGAAGCAAGAUGGCGGCCCCCAGCGGAGGCUUCUGGACUGCGGUGGUCCUGGCGGCCGCGACGCUGAAACUGGCGGCCGCUGUGUCUGAACCCACCACCGUGCCGUUUGACGUGAGGCCCGGAGGUGUGGUGCAUUCCUUCUCCCAGGACGUAGGACCCGGGAACAAGUUUACAUGCACGUUCACCUAUGCUUCCCAAGGAGGGACCAACGAGCAAUGGCAGAUGAGCCUGGGGACAAGUGAAGACAGCCAGCACUUUACCUGCACCAUCUGGAGGCCCCAGGGGAAAUCCUACCUCUACUUCACACAGUUCAAGGCUGAGUUGCGAGGUGCUGAGAUCGAGUAUGCCAUGGCCUACUCCAAAGCUGCAUUUGAGAGAGAGAGUGAUGUACCCCUGAAAAGUGAGGAGUUCGAAGUGACCAAGACAGCAGUGUCUCACAGGCCUGGGGCCUUCAAAGCUGAGCUGUCCAAGCUGGUGAUCGUAGCCAAGGCGGCACACUCGGAGCUGUGACCCUCACCUUUCCUGGGACUUCAUGUCCUCUUUCCUCACGCACACUGGUCUAGGGCACUGGUUCCUAUAGGAGCUGCAUCGCCCUGCGCAGGUCACACUGUGUCAUUCCACAGAGCUCUCUGAGCCCUGUCGCCUAUUUCACCAGGGAAGGUGCAGGACAUGUGCGGGUUGGCUUUCCUGAAGUCAGGACAUGGCGUGGUUUCCCCUGUGAGCCACGGAUGAGUGCCCUUAUCCCAGGACCACUUUCUAACCCCAUCCAGGGCACCUUCACUCAGGAUGGGAAAGGCUAGAACAAAUAAACAAAUAAGUAACCGC